UGGUGGGUGGGAUGAAUGCUUUGUGGAACUGACUGUAAUUUCUUUCACUUGCAGAAAGUACUAGGUGGGGGCAGUGUUGCCUGCGCACCAGUGACACACUACCGGACUGUUAAAAAUGUGGACUCGAGUGAGGAGAGCGUGGAUUCAGAUGACGAGUGCUCUCCUUGGAAACGUAAGCGACAGAAGUGUCAUAAUCCUCCUCCCAAACCAGAGCCUUUUCCGUUUGGCCAGAGCAGUCAGAAAGCAGUCAAUGGCGGAAAGAAGGUGAACAACAUUUGGGGUGCCGUGCUUCAGGAACAAAACCAAGAUGCAGUGGCUAUUGAACUUGGCAUCUUGGGAAUGGAAGGCACCCUUGACAAAAGCAGGCAAUCUGAGACCUAUAAUUAUUUGCUUGCUAAGAAACUUAGACGGGAAUCUCAAGAGUAUACAAAGGAAUUGGACAAAGACCUAGAUGAAUAUAUGCAUGGAGACAAAAAACCAGGGUCAAAGGAGGAAGAGAAUGGGCAAGGCCACCUCAAACGGAAACGGCCUGUCAAAGACAGACUGGGAAACAGACUAGAAAUGAACUACAAAGGCCGCUAUGAGAUCACAGAAGAUGACUCUCAGGAGAAGGUGGCUGAUGAGAUUGCUUUCAGAUUACAGGAACCGAAGAAAGACCUGAUAGCCCGAGUAGUGAGGAUACUUGGGACCAAAAAAGCCAUUGAACUCUUGAUGGAAACUGCUGAAGUUGAACAGAACGGUGGUCUUUUCAUAAUGAAUGGUAGUCGAAGAAGAACACCCGGUGGGGUUUUUCUGAAUCUCCUGAAGAACACUCCGAGCAUCAGUGAAGAACAAAUUAAGGACAUUUUCUACAUUGAAAAUCAAAAGGAAUAUGAAAAUAAAAAAGCUGCUAGAAAAAGAAGAACACAGCUAUUGGGGAAAAAGAUGAAACAAGCUAUUAAAAGUCUGAAUUUUCAAGAGGAUGAUGACACAUCACGAGAAACUUUUGCAAGUGACACUAACGAGGCCCUGGCCUCCCUUGAUGAAGCCCAGGAAGGACCUGGCGAAACCAAACUGGAUGCGGAGGAAGCCAUCGAGGUGGACCAUCCUCAGGAUUUGGACAUAUUUUAGGCACAUUUUGGACGUUUUGAAGAUAAACCCUUGUACAAACAUAGUUUCCAUUUCUGCUGAGGUUGCUGUGCUAUGCACCGAAUCUAGAGAAUGGAGAGCUGUUGUUGUUUCUUGUGUGAAGUGAAUAUGUGUGUGGGCAGUGUUUAAAGGGGGCAGUGCCUGUGAUGUGGGCAGCACGGGUUUAGUUUCUCAUUGUGCUGCCUGUACCGACUAUUAAGGCCCGGUUCUACCUGCGACCGUUCUGUCCAGCUCACUGCUUCAUGCUGUUAAGAAGCUUUUGUUUUCUGAUUUAUCUUGGUGGCAAACUAUGCUUUGGUUUUAACACAUUCCAUUAAAAUAUGCUAAAAUAUG